AUGGACUCAGCACACCAGGCUCCUCUGUCCUUCACUAUUUCCCAGAGUUUGCUCAAAUUCACAUCCAUUGAGUUGGUGAUGCUAUCUAACGAUCUCACCUUCUGUCACCCUCUUCUCCUUUUGCCUUCAAUCUUUCCCAGCAUCAGGGUCUUUUCCAGUGAGUUGGCUCUUCCCAUCAGGUGGCCAAAGUAUUGGAGCUUCAGCUUCAGCAUCAGUCCUUCCUAUGAAUAUUUGCAUUUGGCUUCCUGUAGGAUUGACUGGUUUGAUCUCCUUGGAGUCCAAGAGUCUUCUCCAACACCACAAUUCAAAAGCAUCAGUUCUUCAUCACUCAGCCUUCUUCAGAGAUUCCCUGAUAGCUCAGUUGGUAAAGAAUCCACCUGCAAUGCAGGAGACACCUCAGUUCGAUUCCUCGGUUGGGAAGAUCCCCUGGAGAAGGGAAAGGCUACCCACGCCAGUAUUCUGGCCUGGAGAAUUCCAUGGACUGCAUAG